AUGGACCAUACUAACAUAAAUCAUAGUAUCGAACAAUAUCAACAACAAUUCCCAAACAAGCUGACACCCUCACAGGAAUCAGCUGACCACAUAAAAAGACCCAUCUCAUCAUACGCCAGCAUCAGCGACACCGACAAUGCAUUUAUUACAGAGAACCCUAUUAACACAUCAACAACACCUACGAAAACUCAAAACCAUCAAACCAAUAAUAGCAUCCUCACAACAAAGCUAUUAGAAUCCCAAUCCAACCGAAAAAAAGCAAAUGCAGGAAUAACACACAAUACACCCCGACACCAAUUAAUAGCACAAAAAUAA